ACCCCUGUUCUGUACUUUAUGCUGUAAAUAGCCAUGUUUUGCAGCUUCCAACUUGAACUUGGCGCGAGAAUGCUUAUGGGAAUUGAAUGCAAUUGAAUUUGUAUUAGAAAUGUCGAGGCUUCUCACAAGGAUUGCUGGGUUUUUCAGCAAUCGAACUCAAGUUGGAGUUGACAAAGCGGGGAACAAAUACUUUACUAGAAAAGAAGAGAUCGAUGGUGUAAUGAAAGAGAAAAGAUGGGUGAUUUUUAAGGGAGAGGCGGAUUCUACUACACUUCCAGUUGAAUGGAUAUGUUGGUUGAAUGGGCAGCGUAAACAGGCUCCAAUACCGGAGGAAAUAGCGGAGUUGGAAGCAAGGCGUGAACGUGUUAGACAAAAUGUUGCCUUGCUUAAAAAGGAGGAGGAGGAAAGGAAAGCAAAAGAAGGAAGUACAGGAAAACGCCCAAGCACUGAAAAAGUUGGUGGUCCAGACUUAAAAUGUUUUAUUCGCCAAUUUCCUUCUGAAGGUGAUGCUGUUGAAGAGUCAUCUGCCACAAUUGGUGACUUAAGGAAUUCUCAAGAGAAGGCUUCUGAUAAGGGAAAAGUAGAGCCUGAGUCAUCUGAGCCAAGAGGGUCUGGUGCAUCAUUCAAACCGGGAACCUGGCAACCUCCAACUUGAAUACUCUCUCUUGAGUAAAGCUUUGCU